AUACACACAUAUAACUUAUCUAAUAGAGAAUUAGGGUUUCCUUUUCAAUAUUCUUGUAUUUGCUUAUAUUCAAUCUGGUUUACAAUCUGUUCAAAACAAGGGGUUCAAUAGAUUGAAGUUCAGAGCGUUAUGCAGGGAUUAAUCAAUUUAAUGGAUGAGCAACAAUGUCAGUUGAUGUAUAAGUUAGAAGAUUUUGAGAGGGAAAUUACACGUUAUAAGCAGGAACCAGACUUUAAUAGUGAUCUCGAGCCUUAUUUAAAAGUUUGUGAGAAGGCCGUACAAGAUUUUAAACAUAACGUAUUGCUCGAUCAAACAGUGGGUUUUGAAAGUUUGAAAGCCUUGCUUAGUUCAUCUGUCUUACCCAAGAAAUUGAAAGUCACAGAACUCGGUGAUAAGCUUACCCGAUUCAAGGGUAAGGGUAAGAGAAUUGAGGGACUUGAACUCAAGAUUCAUGCUGUGUUGCAAACUGGUGAUCAAGAUAAUUAUUUUAACAAAGAAGAUUACCAAAAAGAAGGGAAGAAUAUUAGCUUUUUGGAUUACUUGAAUUUAUUCCAGGAGUCUAAUGUCAAUCAUGAUUAUGAGACUUUGACAUCUCUAAAGACUCGAGCUGUAAUUCAGGGGAAAAAUCUUUCUCGUAAGCUUAUUCAUGUGAUAUUUAUGAUGUCAAUGUGUGGCGAAAUUAUGUUCAAACUUGAAGCUCUUGGAGAUUCACUCAGUUGGAUAGGUGAAGGUGAAAAUACUGUGGUAGUUAAGAGGUUUAUUGAUUUACUCCACGCUGCAGAUGACGUAAUGGUUAAGAAGAUCAAAGAAUCCUUGAAAGGAGAAGCAGUGGUGAUGCUUGAUGAAACAAAAGCAGCAGAACAUGACCACUCCGAUGAUCUUAUCUUUUUAUUACUCAAAGAAAUCUGCCGGUUGGAGCUGUUUUGGACGCGUAGAGCAUUGCCAGAUCCCGAGAUGUCGACAAUGGAGGAUGCGUUUCUGUCGAUGGCGUCUGAUAUGAGAGAUUGCGAGGAGGGACUGGAAAUGUUUAAAACACAUUUUAUUGAAUUGGUGCAGGAGGGUGCAUUCGGUUUUGAGGAAGAAGAUUUUCUUACUAUGAAGCAAAAGGAUGAGUACAAGGCAAUGGAAUUAGAGAUGAAUAAACUUUGGAAUCGAAUUGAGGAAUCAGAAAAGAAGGGCUAAUAGUAUGUGCUUACGGUUGAAGAUUUUCAAAAUUUAUCUUCUCUUUCGCUUUUGAAUUGCUCUUCUCAGUGCAUUUUGUCUCUUAUAUGUUGAUAGCAGGUGACAUUUUUCUUUUCCUUCAAAAUUCGGACAAUUACUUUGCAGUGUUGCACAUGCUUAUGGUUGAAUAUUGUCAAAGCAUUUUUUUUCUUUCCGUUUUCAA